GCAUUUAGGCUUAGUUAAGAUCCAAUGUCUGUGGUACCAUGAUCAAAUUCUGUUCGCAUUUCGAAGCAAACACUGGCAUUUUGCUGGAAUAGAGACUCUGCCUUCUAUUUUCUCUCAACGCAAACUAAUCCGAUCUUCAACAUGGAAUCUGAGUAUUCCAAGCGAGUGUAUCAGGGUGUCAGAGUCAAGCACACUGUGAAGGACCUGCUGGCUGAAAAGAGAUCACACCAAACCAGUGGACCACGUUUUACUGGGGUGUCUGCUCAGAGCCCACUCGUCCAAAUGGCAGGUUCCCAUACACUGCCUGGAUACUAUAGCAUGAGAAGGCCAUUUUUUUCUGAUGCUGAGUUUUGCCCUUCGAGCAAACAGUUCUCAACAGACAUUUACUCUUCAGCACUGACCGGGAAGUCCUUCUCCUGUGAUACUACACCAAUGUCUACUUACUCAUCCCUAAUCGAUAGUUAUUACCCAGAGUCUUUCAGUGACUACCGCAGUGCUGCUCACUCUGGGGGAGGAAGUUCUAUCUUCUCAUCCAGUGCUUUGGCCACUCGACUAACCCCAUUUCCUGGAGACGCCUCUCACUUUAUGCUGAGGGAUUCCUGGGAGCAGGCCGGGAUGGAGCCAGCUGAGGGAUUGUGUGGGAACGGUUUGGCCCCCACGUCUGUGGAGCCGUCCAGCCCCAGCCAAUUCCGCUCGUCCUCCAGGAGCUCCAGCCUGGGCUCAUCGCAGUUUUACUCCCUACACACUCUGGAUGAUGUGCCAUAUCACUCUUCUUUCCAGCUUCCUACCAGCUUCCCCACAUAUAGUGAACAUGUAGCCAAACUGCCAGCCCUGUCCAUGGAGGACACUGAGAAUGCCCCAUCAGCCCUGAAUGACAUGUUGCCAUGGGUCAAAGAAGAUGCCACUGGAGCUUGGUCACACUGUGAAAUUAGGAGAACUUUCUGAUGCAGAGCAUUUGAAUUGCAAACUUGGCAAAAGCACGUUGAAUAUAGGAGAAACAAAGGACAGCCCUUUUUUAACUUAAAAAAAAAAAGAAGAAAAGGAGCUAUAAAUAAUAGCUGUGGUGGAUUGGCUUCAAAUAAAUAAACACACAUAAAUGUACAAUUAAAUAUUAUGACCUAUUAGGAUUUUUCAAGAAAUUCAACCUCCUUAGAAAGGGGAAAACAUGAAACUCAACAGGAUAAGACAUCUUACUAAGAAUAGCAGAGAGACGCAGGGCAUUCCUUUUCAGCUUUCUUCUUUUAUUUUAAUUUAAUAUAAUAUUCUAUUUAUAUAUUUCACUGAUAUUUUGCAUAUCUAUUAAAAUAUCUAAACACUACUGUAAUGUAUCUUUUUAAACAAGCAAAAAAAAAAAAAGUUUAAUGAAAUACACACCACCUGCUUCGUAAAGUGAUGUUCUGUUUAUCGUAUAUGUUUUAAAUGAUUGUAUGAUUUUGAAAAUAUAAUUCAUUUUAUAUAGUUUACUUUCAAACGAGGUUCAUCAAGGAGUUUUCGGUGAUGUCAUGUCAGGAAUGUCUAUGUGAUAAAUAAACUGUAAGCAGAACAUUUGCA